AUGGUUCAACAAAGUAAUGUAGCUCCCCUAUCAUCCACCCCACUUUCUUCCUCCGAUGACAAUACCUUUAAUGAUGUUAUCGAUUCUUCCACUCAUCCAAAAUCCCCCUCCUCCUCAUCAUCAUCAAAGAGGACACGGGGUAGGCCUGUGGGCUCCAAGAACAAACCAAAAUUAACCCUUGUGAUUGACCAAGACAACAAGCAUACCCAAAAACCUAUUUUCAUUCAAAUCCCUAAAAAUUCUGAUGUGAUUAAGGCACUGAUCCAAUUCUCCUAUGAUUACCAAAGUAGCAUCACAGUGCACAGUGCAUCAGGAUCUAUUAGGAACGUCACUCUCCGUGAUAAUGAAUCCAUAACUUCUGCUUUCAUUGUUCAUGGACCCUUCACAUUAGUUUCCCUCAUUGGCACUUGCAUAAAUAACAACUCUUGUACUAUUUCAUCAUUGUCUAAUCUUGACAUUGGUUGUUUUUUUAACAUUUCCUUUUGCUCAAAUAUAGGUCAAAGCUUUAUUGGAGUUGUUGGAGGGAAAGUUAUCGCAGAUGAUGAUGUUAUUGUAGCUGUUACUGUUUUCAAUAACUCUGAGAAUAACAAAGGUGAAAACCAAUUAUGA